CGGGGCGUGGUUAAAGCUUUGUGGAGUCGAUCAGUCGGGUAACAACAAUAUUACAACAAAUCCGCAGUCUGAUUUUAUUUUUUAAGCGACCUGAUUGAAAUAUGGAUACGAAGGAAGAGCGUGUUGGAAAACGGUCAAACACGGAGCAGCGGAAGGUGCGUUCCCGGGAUGCAGCACGCUGUAGGCGGAGUCAAGAGACUGAGAUCUUCUAUGAGCUGGCCCAUACUCUACCAUUGGCCCGCAGAGUCUCCGCCCACCUGGAUAAGGCCGCUAUCAUGAGGGUGACACUCAGCUAUCUGCGCAUGCACUGCCUACUCCGUUCAGGUGAUAACAGCAAAGAGCCAAUCGUGGAGAAGAAGGAAAACCCGAUGGAUGAGUUUUACCCACGGGCGCUGGCAGGCUUCAUCAUGGUGAUGACAGAGGAGGGGGAUAUGAUCUACCUGGGUGACAGUGUCAGCAAACACCUGGGCAUCACACAGCUGGAGCUGCUGGGUCAGAGUAUUUAUGAUUUCAUUCAUCCCUGUGACCAAGAAGAGCUACGCGAUCUCCUGGCACCCAGACCAGGUAUGUCCAAGAAGAAAACAGCAGAGCAACACACAGAAAUGAACUUCUUUCUCAGGAUGAAGUGUACCCUGACCAGUAGAGGGCGCACAGUCAACAUCAAGUCUGCCACCUGGAAGGUGCUGCACUGUACAGGCCACAUUCGUCUGUGCUGCAGCGAAGAGGACUCGUCUCCCCCUGCAGGCAGCUUUAUGACGGUGCUGUGUGAGCCGAUCCCACACCCCUCCAGUGUGGAGUUCCCCUUGGACCGCAGCACCUUCCUGACCCGGCACAGCAUGGACCUGCACUUCACCCACUGUGAGGGCAGGGUGACCGAGCUAGUGGGAUACAAACCUGAUGAUCUGAUUGGAAAAUCUGUCUUUGAAUUCUAUCACGCCCUGGACUCGGAUCAUGUGACCAAGAGCCUGCACACCCUUCUGUCCAAAGGCCAGGUGUGUACCAGCCACUAUCGCUUCCUGGUUAAGAGUGGGGGCUUCGUGUGGGCAGAGACCCAGGCUACAGUCAUCUAUAACAAGACCUCCCAACCAGAAGCUGUGGUCUGCCUGAACUUUAUCCUCAGUGCGGUGGAGCAGGCAGACAUGGUGUUCUCCAUAGAGCAGACUGAUAGAGAGCUGAAGAGUGAGCCUGUCUCAGAGGCCUUGGAGGAGACUGUGUGCGACAGUGACCAGAGCUGCAGUAAAGAUCCUCCAGUCGAGCUGAACCAGAACACAGAGGACCUGCUCCAUCGGGCCCCUGACCCAGGGGACACCAUCAUACCCCUCCCAGACUUUGUGGAGCUGUCGUUCUGCCAACCUUCAAGUCCCGGCGCUGUCCCAGAUUUCCCUCAGGAGCUUUGCACGCCAGAGCUGUGGGCGCUCCUUUCACCCAUAUUUGACCACCUCAGCUCAUCUUCAUCAUCACCAUCAUCCCCAUCAUCAUCAUCAUCCUCCUCCUCAUCACCGUCAUCACCACAACCAGCACUAGCACUGAGUCCUGUUGAGGAGCUGCCUACGGAGGAUGAGGUGGAGAAGUUGUUUGUCAUCCGUCCGGAUGACAGUGCGCAGAAGGAAUGCCGAAUGGAGGGCAUGGAGGGGAUGGAUCUGGACAUGCUGGCUCCCUAUAUCUCCAUGGACGACGAUUUCCAGCUCAGCUUUCAACUCCAUGAGAACACAGACGAAGCCUCGCCGGAGUCCCUGGGGACAACCAGGAAACGGACUCACGAUCAGGAUGAAGACACGCCUUCCCAGUUGAUUAUUCAGGAUAAGAGACAGAGACACUUGGCGCCCCCACUUGAGCAGAAGCUACUUCUGAGCCACGCACUGCUGGAGUCCCUGGAGGAUGCCGACUCCCCAGAGCUUGGGCCAGAGCCACACCCCUAUAGGCGGAGUCUGCUGCUGACUGACAGAGACCCAGUCCUUGCAGGAGCCCAGGGAUUAUGUGACACAGCAGCCAUGAUGAGGGACCUCUUCCUGUCCCGCCCACCAGACCCACUGACCUCUUCUCUGACUUAAGGAAGCAGUGAUCCAUCUCUUUCAGCUGGAGAAUGCUGGGGGUACUGGAGUAUCAACAGGAUUCUGACACUCCCCAAUUAGAUGUCCUCAAACUUGCCGACACUGUCCGCAACAACAGUUUGCUGUGGUUUUCUAUGAUGAUGCCAGAGAUUAAGAAACAUUUCAUUCUUGUUCUUCUUUCUGAGACCCCUCAUUCAUGGUUGAGCAUGUGUUCUUGUGGAUACUUGGAAACUUUAUUCUAAACACUACCCUAAGCUCAGUGAUGCUUCAGAGUUCAGAAAAGAUUGAUGAAAAUACAUGCACAAAUCAAGCCCAAGACAUACAUUCAGUAGGUUUGACAAAGUGGAGGUUUAUUAGGACACAGUGAUGAAAAGCCCUUCAGUUGGUAAACUGUUAAUCAGGACUUUGACCUGCCGUGGCUAGAUUUAUUGUAUUACUUUAUUACUGAAACGCACAUAAGUUAUAAGAUAUUCCAAUAUUACCUCAGAGCUAUCGUUUGUGGCAUCAAUGGGAAAUUACUAAGAAAGGAUCAAAUUAUUGACUAACACAAGCCAUUGCAUUGGGGCAGUUGACUUACCUCAACAGAGAAUGUCACACUCUGACUCUCAAACAAGGGCUCUUUGACUGCCAUCUUCCAACUAAAUGGACAAAUAAUUUCAGUGGCAUCUUUUUACCUUGUCUUUUUAUAUACUUUACUUAAUAAACAAAGUUUUAUAUAAAUGUUUUUCCGCUCAUUUGUAGACUACAGUUGAAUAAGUUGCAAUGUUGUUUUUUGCUUUUAUGUAGGCUAUUUCAAGUUGCCGCAAUCAACUUGUUUCAUUCAAUCUGUAAUCCUGUGUUUUUGGAAUAUUCCUUCUUUUUUGCUAAUUCAGCAGAUACCGUUACCUUUGUAUGCCUUUUGUGCAUUCAUUUCACAGACGCAGUAGAAAUGUAUAUUUAACAUGAUCAAUUAUUCCUCUUUUCUGUGGUUUCAUUGUUUCAGAAUAGGAAAAAUACAGAUAUUCUGAGUAUUGCUUAGAAGAACACAUGCCUUUAGUUGUUUUAGUGAGAGGUUAUUGCAUUUGCAAAAAUCCAAUCAUCCUAUGGGCUUGGUUUUCCAAAUAGAAUUAAUGGAACUGAAGUUACCAUGAUUUGUACGUUCUAUACAAACAAUUUCUAUGCAUGUAAUCCAAUCCAAAUAACCUUUGAAAAACAGGGCCCUGAGGGCUUUGACAUUAUAUUUAUCUAUCUAGAUUCAUUUAAAUGAAUGAUAUAAUACUGUUUUUCCACUCUGCAUGAUGAAAUAAGAAAUGGCGCCUAGUCAGCCGCACACCAUUCUCGCGAGUUCUGAGAUUGUCUUUGGGGUACCAUUUGAGUUUUUUGUUGGGGGGGGGGGGGGGGGGGUGUUAUGUUGUUGGUUUUCAUCACAUAAGAAUAUAAAGUACUAUUAUGUAGUCCUACCACCAUUUGUAGCAAAUUAGUUUACAUAACACAUACUUACAGAUAUGUGCUCAUUGUAUCAAGUAACUUUCAUUAUUUUUCAACUACUGUUCGUCUGUGCUGUUUUGCUUGUACGUGUUAUUGACACAAUAAACGGGAUUCUGACAAAAA